AUGGCCGUUGCAGAAGCCGCAGUCGCCGACGAUGCGCUGGGCGGCUUCGCGGCACUCCUUGGCGUUGCAGCGGAUCUUUUUGGGAGGCAUGGUUCUUGCUUAGCGAGAGUGGUUGUAAUUGACUGGGUUGUGCAGUCGUUGUUGGGACUGCACUGGUCUGGCUACUAUUCGGUGGACGAUGGGUGCGGUUCCGUGAUCGGUAAGCAGCAACGGGUGAAGCUGUUGCAACGAGAGGAUUUGGAAGAAGAGAGUUGGGAAGAGGAGAAGGAGAAGAAGAAGAGUUGGGUUGAGAAAUGGGGAGGGAAGAAGAGGAGGGAAGCGGCGAGACAGACGGUGGCGGAUGGAUGA